AUAACCGGAAGUGUAAGAGAGAAGAGAGUGGGGUUCUUCCUAUGUUAGUUUCUUUGACAGCUAACAUUAAUCUGUACGAUGGCGGACGACACGGUAUUAGAUAAAGGGUCAUCUGUCAUGGAUCCCAUUAAAGGGCUUUUAUUGACAUAUUUUAUGCCCGAAUCAUGUUACGACGAAUUCUUUCUCAAUUUCAACUUUUUGGACGUACCAUGUCUGAAGAUUGUACUGAGCAAAGGCCUCGGGAUUGGCAUCAUCCUGGGAUCAGUGAUGGUAAAGCUACCUCAGAUUUUGAAGCUGAUGGGAGCAAAGAGUGCUGAGGGGCUGAGUUUGAACUCUGUGAUGCUGGAGCUCCUGGCCAUCACGGGAACAAUGGCCUACAGUAUUGCCAACAAGUUUCCUUUCAGUGCCUGGGGUGAGGCUCUGUUCCUCAUGAUACAGACUGUCACCAUUGGCUUCCUCAUUCAACAUUAUGGAGGAAGAACCAACAGAGGUCUCUUUUUUGUGGUUGUGUACUUUGGCCUGCUGAUCCUCCUGCUUUCUCCAGUCACUCCCAUGUCAGUGGUUACCUACAUGCAGGCCUCUAACAUGCCAGCUAUUAUCAUCGGCAGGCUGGUCCAGGCAGCCUGUAACUUCAGCAAUGGGCACACUGGGCAGCUGUCUGCAAUCUCUGUAUUCCUCCUGUUUGCUGGAUCCCUUGCCCGCAUCUUCACCUCACUACAGGAAACUGGAGACUCGCUGAUGGCCCUUACCUACGUCAUAUCCUCCAUUUGUAACGGCAUCAUCACUCUGCAGGUUCUUUACUACUGGAACAACUCCCCAGAAGGCAAGAAGAAGAAAGAGUAGGCAAAUCACAGAGCAACACUUUGUAGAGAAGUGUAUCGACAAACUGACUUCGAAACUUGAAAGACCAAAAUGAACAUGCAUGCACAGAGGUACUGAAAAGUGUGUGACAUUUAAUCUGGUGAACAAAACACGAAAGGAUGUGAAUGUAAUGUGCCAAGCAAAUCUUCCCUCUCGGAUCACCAGCUCUGAGUGUUGGCUGGUUUUGUUGGUGGUGUUUAAUUCUGAGCAGGGGUGCUAGGUCCAGACCAGGUCCUACUGUGCAGUGCAAUGUUGUUUCAUUCCUCUUAAUGCAGUUAGGCUGUGUUUGUACUAGUAUGUUGAAAUGUUCAGGAAUUAUCGUGAUUAUUUUUUUAAAUUGUUUUGAAACAGUUUGACCUUGGAUGCAUAUAAAAAAUGAUCUGUCUUCUAUGACUUAUGUAAGUUUUGUUCUGUGGUCUCUGUUUGUUGACAUUAUUGGGUGACAUCAUUGCAGUUACAAUAAAGAGUUAAAUUUUUACA